AUGGUUGGAAGCAAACGCCCUAUGAGCAAAACCACUGCAACGGCGCACUCCAGAACGGCCGAAACAUCGCUACCACCACAAGAUGCAGCUACUGCCAACCUCCUCGUACCUGCGAUCACCUCCGUGAACCACCAAAUAGCGGCUGGAAUUGUCACACCACUUGUGGCCGCACCAAGCCACUGCCCCGUGGCCUCCUCCGUCGUGCAACCACAAGGCCUAGGUGCCAGCACCAUCACCCAUGAUGGUAUCCCCAUUCACGGCUACCUCAAUAUGUCACAUCUCAAGAUCAGCUCUACUGUAGCACAAUAUUGUCCGCUUUGGGGCCCCCUCUCUGCCCUCACGAUUUUGUUUCUAGGAACUCAUGUGCAAAUUCCCAAUAGGGCACAUCACCCCCUCUCCGUUGGUCAAUAUGGGACGUUACAAUCCACCAUCUUUAGGGUCCUGACAUCCUCGUCGGCACACUCGCACCACCGGCAGAGUGGCUCUGAUACCAAAUUGUCACAUUUCGAGAUCGGCUCCACCGUAGCAGAUAUUGUCCGCUUUAAGCCCUCUUCUCUGCUCUCACGGGUCGACGACCAAAAUAAUCUAAUUGACCAACUAUUCAAGCAGAUCAACUUGAAUCAAGGCCAUGACCUUGGAUCCCGGGAUGAGGAGAGAGGGACCUAUGAGCAUACUGAUGAGCAUUUCAAGAGAUCCCAAAUUGAAUUGGUUUCAUAUCCUACAUGGAAUGACAUACCUGAUGAUAUAUUAGACGACAUUUGGAAGGAUAUCACAGAUAAUACAGAUGCCCCUGAGGCAUAUAGAUUCCAUUUCCUAAAGGUAGUUGGUAAUAGAUGGAGGGAUUGGAAGUGCCGACUGAAGCAGAAAUGGUAUUAUAAAUAUGACACUGAUGAACAACGCUUAGCCAUCACUCCUCCUCGGGUGGUCACAGAGCAGUGGAAGACACUAGAAUGUUCUGAGAUGAAUAAGGUCAAUCGUGCACAAGGAGGUGCUCCACAUAGGACUGGUCGCAUAUCAUUUGCUCAGUUGAGAAAUGUGAUGAGAGAGAAAGGAGAGAAGACUGAUCGUCUGAGCAUGUUUAUCAAAACUAGAACAAAGAAGAAAAAUGAUGAAGAUGAAGUUUUUGAUGAGGAUAAUGCUGAUAUUAUUAAUCAAUUCAACCAAUGUUUGGAAGAAAGGGAAGAAGAUGAACAAGAUGAGUCAUUUAGAGAGGAGAUAUCUACUAAAGUGAUGGGAACUUAUGCACAUGGGCGUGUUCGCAUGUGUGGGGCUGGUGUAACUCCAUCUCAAGUGUUUGGUCAAAAAUCAAAUUCUGACAAUAAUGAGAAUAGGAUGAGAGAGGAGCUAGAGAAACAAUGUCAGUCAAAAAUAGAUGAUCUCCAAUCCAAGUUAAAUGAAGUCAGCUCACAACUCAGUCAAGUGAUGACUCAUGUUGGUUUCCAAACCACCCCAGAAGAAAGCGGAAGCAGCCAGAUUCCAGAUGCCUCAAGUAUGCAUCAACGAAGACUUAGUGUUAACAGCGACCUGCAGCCUAAUUUAGACUUGGAGGCAUAA